UCACGACAGUCCUCCGCGCGUCUUGCCGUCCCUCUCUCGCGGCUGACGGCAGCCUUCUUGCUUCUCCCUCCUUUCCUUGCUUCGCCCCCAGACACUCCUUUUGCCCCCGCGGACCGCCGCAGACUCGCGCAUACGCAUCCUCACACGACCAGAUACCAUUCCUUUUCCCAGUUUUAUCCUUCCGCGAACAUGUUCACAGUCAAGCCGCCCAAGAUCCGCUCACGAACGGUUUCCGUCCCCAUCAAGAAGACCAGUGCGCCUGGAGGUUCUGCCCCAGGAAAGUCACAGCAAGGAAAUGGGACGCGGAAAGCUAGCGCAGCGGCGCCGCCGGCGAACCGGUACAGCUUAACGCCAUCUACCAAGGCGCGGACAUCGACAUCUGCGCAGCAGUCGCGAGAGCCUGCGCGCAAGUCGCUAUCCGUGUCGCGCAUACAGCAGCGCAAGCGCAAGGUCACGCCCACGACCCCACAGUUCGCAAGCAGCAGCGAAGAGUCGAGCGAUGAGGAAGACGAUCGGUUGCUAGGCGUCAGGAAGAGGCAGAAGAUGAGCAGCAGUAUUGAGCCUAUGAACCUGAACCGAUGUCUCGAACCGGACUACAAAAGGCGCAUACGCAUCCCGGAACCGGGAGGCCCGCACCAGGCGAACGGCACCUCGGAGUCAUGCGCGGAGAAUGACACGCCGGCGGAGAAGCCAGGCAAGGAGGCAAGGCUGAUACAUGGGCUGAAGAUGUCAAGAGGGGAGUGGGUGAAGGAUUUCAAGCCGGCAUUCGCAGGCCAUGAGAAUCCCGUAGUGGCUCUGCAGUACCCCAGCUCGUCAAGACCAGAAAGGUUCGAAACCGUCACCCCGCACGAUCCCUCGAAUUUCAACCCUCUCGACGACAUCUAUUUCAGCAUAGAAGAGAUUAUUCAGCACUAUCUCCCUGCCGAUCUCUGUGAGACGCUCUCCUCCGAAAGCGACGGUACGGUCCGCCUCCUCAAACGCGCGGUUGCGAAAAACUCGCCGGAGGACUUCAGACUGGCACUUAUUGACUUCAACAAAACGAUCACGGAUAAUCUGAAAAAUGGAGCAAUCGCAGGCGUUCUUGAUUCCAUGCAUGCUAUCCCACUAAGUCUGGUAAAGCGUAUCCUCGCCCAGGUAUAUCAGCGUACCGUCUCGCCGCACGCGCACCUCCUCCGCCGCGUCAAGGGCAAGGAAACUACCUACGGCGAGCUCCUGCCCCCCUUCGUCCACACAAUCUUCCAGCAAACCGGGCUCGAUUCUACCAAGACCUUCGUCGAUCUGGGCUCUGGUGUCGGGAAUGUAGUGCUCCAGUCGGCCUUACAGACCGGCGCCGAAAGCUGGGGUAUCGAAAUCAUGAACACGCCCGCCUCCUUCGCCAACGACCAAGCCUCGGAGCUCCGUGCCCGUUCCGCCCUCUGGAACAUCUCGCUCGGCCCCAUCCACCUGCUCCACGGCGACUUUCUCGAGUCCUCGGACAUCGACCGCGUCCUACCGCGCGCAGACGUCAUCCUCGUCAACAACAAAGUGUUCCCGCAGAAUCUCAAUGGAGCACUCCUGGAUAAGUUCUUGGACCUCAAGCACGGCUGCAAAGUGGUGAGCUUGGCGAGCUUCGGCGGCGGCAACAAGCAGGGCGUGCGCAACGAGCAGAGCAUUGCAAAUCUGUUCGACGAAGAGCGCUUCGAUUCGGGCACGCAGAGCGUGAGCUGGGCCGGAGAGAGCGUCGAGUACUUCAUCGCGACCAAGAUGCGGUGAGUACGGAAUUAGAGGCGCCUGGGGUGCUUCGGGGGAUUUAUCGGUGCGUGCGGCGGCUUUUGGGGAUUCAGGUUCCGCAUUCUUAGGGGGUUGGAUCGGCAGCGUAUUGGCUAAGUAUCCAGAUGGGCAUCAUUCAUAACCCCGGCAUACCCGGAGUUUCGCCAGUCGUUUCUGCAAAGAAAGCGAAGCAUUAGAUUGGAGCGUGCGAGCGAUCGGUUGAUUGAGCGGCUUGGGUUGGCCUCUUCGGAAGGUUUUGGUCUUCGCCUUUGGGGCAACUGUAUCAAUACCCCUGCAAUUCUUUGGUGUGUGUGUGUACGUGAAUACGAGAUCUGGUAUCUAGUAGCCCAUUGUCUGCUUAGAAAUAUUGCGAACUGUGUAUAUUGCAGAUGUGAGUGGAGAUCUGGCUGCUGUGGUCAAGAGGAUGAGCGAGGCUAUAUGUUACCGGCAGCAGCAGCAGCAGCAGCAUAUCCCAG